AAAAUCUGAUAGAAUCAUCCAUGUGACAAAAAAUUCCUGUUCAGAUUGUAUGAACACGGAAGGCGGUAAUGGAAAUGAAAAAUGUUGUCAGUUACCGUUCACCUAUAAGAAAAUUCUACAUCAUCAUUGUGUUACUGACGGUGAAUCCCGACCGUGGUGUUCAUUAACCAAAGACUACGACAAUGACGGUGUCUGGGCGUAUUGCGCAGGAAAAAACAUUGAAGUUCUUCAUCACACAGAUUAUGAAACAACAAAGAAACCAUCAACUGACAUGGUACCAAAGUCCUACACACCAAGUGAACCUCAAUCAAACAUAUGCUCACCGAGCUGUUAUACACACUGCAGCACAGUGUGCCCGCAGUCAUGUUGUACAUCGACAGAGCCUUUGACCGUGCCACUUCCGUGUCCCAGAGUGUGUACAGAAUCAUGUAUGCCAGAUUGCCCGGUGAAAUGUUGUCCCGAGGUCAGAAAUUUCCUACAAACUGGAUACAAGAAAUACUAUCAACCACAGACUUAUCCUUCCGAACCAUUCCCCCAUUCAUUCCCACCACCUCCUCCCCCUUCCUUAUCCUAUAACUACUCAAUGUCCAACACCAUGUCCUCCUCCUUGUCCACCAUGUCUUCUUCCUUCAAUACCACUUCCUCCCUCUCCAGAUAA